CUGUAGUCUUCUAAGAGAGGUUCAGGGCAACAACUUGAAUUAAAAAAACAGCGACUUGUUGACGCUCAUCCUGAUAUCAUUUUAUCCUUUUGAACAGAGUUGUUGUGUCUGCCUUGAGGCGGGUGGUUCUACUCCGAAUACUCCUCGUUAGCAAGACUGCAGAACCGACAUGCCUGGAUCAGGGCAAGCAAGUCCCGCUCACUCACCGGCCGUGGCCAGAGCAUUUCCCGACGGUGCGUGUUAUAGAUGGAGCAGCCGGGACCCGUUCGGCUCUUCGCCUCACUUCCUGCAGAUCUUCAACCCAGCCAUUAACAACAAGAUGUGUCUCAUGGCAUUAGACAACGGCCAGGGAGGCAAGACGCUACAUGCAGGAAUGGCUUUCGACAGUGGCAAAGCCUCCUUCAGUAUGUACGGGAAAGAUGUCACGGACCAAGUGACCACCGAGCAAGAGCAGCUGGUCUGUAUUCAGACGUAUUCACUUAUCACCGAACGCCAGUACUACCUCGGGAUCGAGUUCGUGGUCGACGAGUCUGGUCUGAUAGCGCAGACCUUCAUGCGACCCCUCGAAGGCCCGCCGGGCGCGACGACGUAUCGAGCCGCCCUUGCGAAGCCCGAGUUGAUGUGGAUCAAGCGCGAGAAUGACCACGAGGUGAAACUGGGCUCAAACGCCACGUUUACGCUGCAUCCGCGAUUCUCGACGGACGUAGUUCUGUGUGUCAGUCACGAUACGAAUCGACUGUGCCUUCUGCCCACUGACAAACAAGGAGAGGCGAUGACGGAGUUCUCAUGGGUACCAUUGAAAUGCUAGUUUUGUAAUCACACCAUCAGCUUGACGUGAAGGGACAACGUGUGUUGGCCGACUUUAUACAGAAUCUUGAUACCUUGAGCUUUGACUUGUUUAGCUGCAAAAUCAUUUUUUCUACUUUUGCAUCAUGACAUCAUCUACAUGGUUGGUGUGCUAGACCCAUAUCAAAUGUUACAUUCCAAUAAUUUAGUUUUAUACAUAAUUAUGUUCAACUCGUUUUAAUGCGUUCCAACAUGCAGUUGUAGCAGCAGGAUCCAUUCAAGCUCUCAACUUCACAAUGUACCCAUGUUCUUUCGUUGGUAGCUUGCCUUAAAAGGCAUAUGCAACUCAACAUCUCUUAGAACACCUAACUUUUGUCACUCCAUGUCGGUCGUCUGAACUACUCACCUCCAUCCCCGCAUGCGAUUGUUGCAGCCAACCGCUAUUUGAAGACCAACGACUGGUCGUGGGCACAUGACCAUCUCUGAUCAUCAGCAUCAUAUCUGCCUCACCCCAUGACUUCUAAAUUCCGCUCCACAUACUAUUCCCAAUAACGUCUGUUCUUCUUUUCUCUCCUUCUCCUCCUAGCACUGUCUGUCUUAUCAUUCCCCUCCUUCUAAUGUACUGUCUCUCCUCCUAACAUUUCGUAUCAUGUACCUGUCACUCCUUUCAUUUUUCUUCUUUUUUUGGUGCGUUUUAUGUCCCUAUGACGUCGAGACCUCAGGUCGGCUGAGGGCAAAAAGCCUCACCAUCACUA